UUCCGCUUCAAACCCCACACACAAUUACACGCACUAGCUACUUCAACAGCAAUUACUGCGCAUUGAAUAUACAAAAGUCGUUUUUGUAAGCUCGCAUUUUUCCGCAACACGCACAAAAUUCGUCACCACAACUCGCGUAUAAAGUUCGCGCUCGAUCGUUACUGGAUUCAACAUUUUCAGAAUAUAGAAAAGCUAAAUAACUCUCGGAAUCCACAGUGUAGAAAUGGCGAAUUUGCGGGCGAUUUUUAAGCAUCCGGAGGAUUUGUAUCCGUUGGUGAAACUGAAGCUGGCGGCGCGGCAGGCUGAGAAGCAGAUCCCGGCGGAGCCGCAUUGGGCGUUCUGCUAUUCAAUGCUUCAUAAAGUGUCUAGAAGUUUCGCUCUCGUUAUUCAGCAGCUCGAUACUGAUCUUCGUGAUGCUGUAUGCAUAUUCUAUUUGGUUCUUCGAGCGCUUGACACAGUUGAGGAUGAUACAAGCAUAGAAGCAGAAGUUAAAGUACCUAUUUUGAAGGCAUUUCAUCAGCACAUAUAUAACUCAGAAUGGCAUUUCUCAUGUGGUACAAAAGAGUACAAAGUUCUCAUGGAUGAGUUUCAUCAUGUUUCUGUCGCUUUUCUGGAGCUUGGAAAAGGUUAUCAGGAGGCAAUUGAGAAUAUUACAAUGAGAAUGGGUGAAGGAAUGGCAAAGUUUAUAUGCAAGGAGGUAGAAACAGUUGAUGAUUAUGAUGAAUAUUGUCACUAUGUGGCUGGACUUGUUGGACUAGGUUUGUCAAAGCUGUUCCAUGCCUCAGGAAAAGAAGAUCUGGCAUCUGAUUCUAUCUCCAACUCAAUGGGUUUAUUUCUUCAGAAAACUAAUAUUAUUAGAGAUUAUUUGGAGGAUAUUAAUGAGAUACCAAAGUCGCGAAUGUUCUGGCCUCGUGAAAUUUGGAGUAAAUAUGCUAACAAACUUGAGGACUUGAAGUAUGAGGAAAAUUCAGUUAAGUCAGUGCACUGCCUGAAUGACAUGGUUACAAAUGCCUUAACACAUGUUGAAGAUUGCUUGACGUACAUGCAUGCUUUAAGAGAUCCAGCUAUCUUUCGUUUUUGUGCAAUUCCCCAGAUCAUGGCAAUUGGGACAUUGGCUUUGUGCUACAACAACAUUCAAGUGUUCAGAGGCGUUGUGAAAAUGAGGCGUGGUUUGACCGCGAAAGUCAUUGACCGAACUAAAACUAUGUCAGACGUUUAUGGGGCUUUCUAUGACUUCUCUCUUAUGCUGAAAUCAAAGGUUGAUGAUGCCGACCCUAAUGCCAGAAAGACCAAGGACAACUUGGAGAAAAUCUUGAAACUUUGCAGGAACUCUGGAACUCUAGGUCAAAGGAAUUCUUACAUUAUCCAGAGCAAGCCGCGAUACAAUGCAACUAUGAUCGCUGCCAUCUUCGUCAUAAUCGCUAUUCUUCUAGCUUACCUAUCAGCCAAUCGGCCAACCUAUAUAUGAUUAGUUUCGUACUUUCAUGGAAAAACUUAAUACCAGUUGCUAAUCACAGUAAAUGUCUCGUGAUAUACAAGUGUUUCACCUCUCAGGCGAGCUCGGUUCCUGGAAUGUAUGUAGGCAUAAGCCGGGAAGAAACUGGCACGAAUGUACCAUGUAGUGUGUUCCUAUUUUGUCUAAUGUUUGCACCCAAUUAUAUAGUUUUAUAAAGCAAAUAAUGUGCCACUGUGUACUGAACCUCACUUCUUGUUCAUGGUCCCUGGUUUCAAACACCAUGUUUUGAAAUGUAGACAGUGAUUUUCUCAA